CGAUAUUGUCUUAUAUUAACUUUAGGACGCUGCUGGUCUUAAAAGAGCUAUUAUAGGCCUAGCUCUGUAUAAUCAGAUAAUAGUCUGGUAGUAAACGUGUGUUGUCGGGUGAAAAGGAUACCGUACCUACCGGUACCGGUAUGCAAUGGUGGAAAAAAAAGAUCAUUCCAGUUCUUCAAAUCCAACUACAUACUAUGACCUCUUGGCCAGUAAAGUGUCACAGCUAGCUCAAAAAGAAAGAAAUCUGCUGCAGUUUGAUAAUGUGAACAUCAGAAGUGCCGUGGCCACUGCAUCUGCUAUUAUUAUGAAUGUUGCCCUCAAGCGAGCAUUGGUCUUGUACGAAGGAGUAAUAGUAACAGCGGUGUCUGUUUCGAUCACUGCCAUUGGAUCACAUUUUGCACUAGAUAAACUUCUUGUUCAGUCUCCAAUGUUUUCAGAUCCUGAUUUUUUGCACGACAUGUACUACAAUUCGAGGAGGUUUUCUCAGGCUGUGUCAUCAACUAUUCUUCCAAUUGCAACUUCCUUAGGCAGCAAUGCUGUUAUUGCUGAUCGGUAAGAUUUUUUUAUUGAAGAAAUAGGCAUGCAUUAUAUCAGUCUAUGGAUUAGUGAAUAAUUUGGUAAGAACAAUUAUAUUCAAAAAUUUGACUGUAAUUGAUGAAUUGGUUAAAUUAGUUAUGUUUUACAGCGGAAUUAUGAAUAAUAUUGUUCAAAUUUGCUGCCCUGCAGGCUAAGUCAGUUCAGGGGAGAACUAGGUGUUAUUUGAUUAGUAUUCUUCAUGGGUUGACCAACUAAAAAUUGCAGACUAUGAUUUCAGAGCAUGAAAUAUUCAUAUGGACAGCCUAACAUCAUUUCAGUGUCUCUAUCGAAAUCAAUUCUCUGAUUUUUCAACAGUUUUGUUAAAUUCUUUUCAUUUCAGGUACACUAAUUUGCAUAUACCAGCACUAAGAUGGAAAAAUAGAUAGAAGCCUAUAGAUUUUGGAGCGGAAAAUUGCGAUCAACAAAAUCUGUUAUUCCUUUUAGUCCUUGGAUUUCAUAUCACUUUUUGGGGCCUAUGUUGCUUAUAAACAAAGUGUUAUCAUGAAAGAAAUACAUAUACUGUAACUGAUGAAGAACUUGAUGCAAUAGCUAAUGCAGUUUCUUCUGAUUAUCGAAUGUUGGUCAAAUACAAUGGAUAGCUGAUGGAAACCUUUUGUUGAUCACCAAGUGAUAUGUAGUGCAGUUUGGCUUGUGGAAGUUACACAACCAUAUGGAUAGUUUGACUUUGAGGUCAACUAGUAUUUGAUGGCGUCAUCGUUAAAGUUAUCUUUUUGACUUAUAAGAACUUUGUUGCAAAAAUGUCAAAUCAAAAUGCCAUACAUAACAUGAUUAUUGUUUGGUUUUUUAUCGAUUUAAAUUGAAAAGGUGAAAAAUAUACUACUGAAUAAUCCAAUGAUAUCAAAAUUUUUCUGUACCAUACGAUAAAGUUUUGUGUAAUUUGUGAUGUAUGGUGCAAUUGAUGCAAAUUUUAAAUUGUAACACCUGAUGCUAUUAGUCGACAUGAUUUUGAUGUAAAAUUUGCAUCUUGCAAAAUAAAUAUGUGGUGUUUGAAGUAACACGUAUGUACCUUAUUGUUGAUUCUUCUUCCCUGCUUUUGUGUUUGUGGAUCUGCUAAAUUGUUUGUUUCUCUUGGUUUGAAUGACUUAUUUUCUAUAAUCAGGAAAACAACCUACGAAAAAUGUGUAUUCUGUUAGUGGAUUCAUACCACUUUGUGACAGUUUACUACAGCUUUAUAUUUGCAUUGGUUAUCAGCAUUUCUCCUGCACCAUGCUGCUAUUGCUACAUUUCAUCAACACUGUUUUCAUUUUUAAGA